AGAAAUUGCGUUUUUUUCUGCCGGUUCUAGAAAACCAACCACGAGUUGUCGUCGUGUGGGAGAAUCCAUCUUGAAGAGAGCUCUCCGGUUGUGUUACCAGUAUUAUAUUGCAAAAUGUCUGAGAUAGAGCAGCAGUAUAUGGAAACAUCGGAAAACGGACACGAAGUCGAAGAUGAUUUUAACGGAGCGGAAAACACCGAGGAAGGUAACGAAGAGAGCGCCGUGAAUGACUGCGGAGAGGAGGCAGAGGGCGCAGGGCCCGACGCCGACGGGAAUUCACAAAACGGUGGCACAGAGGGCGGCCAGAUCGACGCCAGCAAAGGCGAGGAGGAUGCAGGGAAAAUGUUUGUUGGAGGUCUCAGCUGGGAAACGAGCAAGAAGGAUCUUAAAGAUUACUUCACUAAAUUUGGUGAGGUGACAGACUGCACCAUAAAGAUGGACCAGCAGACAGGCCGGUCAAGAGGAUUCGGCUUCAUUCUCUUUAAAGAGGCAGCCAGUGUAGAAAAGGUUCUUGAACAGAAGGAGCACAGGCUAGAUGGCCGAGUGAUCGACCCCAAGAAGGCCAUGGCCAUGAAGAAGGAUCCAGUCAAGAAAAUAUUUGUUGGAGGCCUUAACCCUGACACGGCUAAGGAAGUCAUUCAGGAGUACUUUGGGACCUUCGGAGAGGUUGAAACCAUUGAGCUUCCACAAGAUCCAAAGACAGAAAAGAGGAGGGGAUUCGUAUUCAUCACAUAUAAAGAUGAGAUUCCCGUCAAGAAGGUUAUGGAGAAGAAAUACCACAAUGUUGGUGGAAGCAAGUGUGAAAUUAAAAUAGCCCAGCCCAAAGAAGUCUACCAGCAGCAGCAGUAUGGUGCUCGUGCAUACGGUGGUGGUGGAGGAGGAGGAGGAGGAGGAGGACGCGGCGGCAGGGGCCGUGGAGGUCAGGGACAGAACUGGAAUCAAGGUUACAACAACUACUGGAACCAGGGAUACAACCAGAACUACGGCGGAUAUGGACAGCAAGGCUACGGCGGAUAUGGCGGCUACGGCAACUAUGACUACUCUACUGGUUAUUACGGCUAUGGGGGUGGCUACGAUUACAACCAGGGCAAUACAAGCUAUGGGAAAACUCCAAGACGUGGAGGCCACCAGAGUAGCUACAAGCCAUACUGAUCACACGUAGUGCAGGUAUGCAUUUUUGCAUCAUCCGUGGUAGUAUGAGAACAUAGCUGUAACCAUUGGUGCCUUUUUGACCCCAAAGAUCUCCAUCUACUCUAAAUCCAUUCAAGCAUUGUGGUGGGGUUAGGGUAGACUGUGUUGUGGGGUCUGUUACCAUUAAAGAUGGAUUCAUUCCACCUGUCAGCCAUCUUAAGAUGCAUCUCUACUACUUGAUCAAUAAGGGUUGAGUUGGUGGUGGUUGAGAACAGGAAUAAGGACCGUCACCUUUCACCAGGGUGCUAGGUGUAAUAGCUAGCGGUCGUGCCCCCUCCCCCCCAAAGUGUGUCUGUCCAUUCACUGACCUGUCAAAACUCAUUCAUGCACUUGUCUGUCUUUGUGUAACUGCAUGCCAUAUUUGGUUUAUUCUCAGUAACGUUAAGCACCGUGUUUUUCUCUUAAGGUCUAAAGUAAAUAAGAAAGAGAUCCAUGGUCUGACCACAACCAACAUGGGCUCUGGCUUUUCCUUUGGAGUUGGCAGAAAUUUGGACUCAUGCUCCAUUUGUACAGAUCAAGUGAGGAACUGGGGAAGCAAAUGUCACUUUUCCACUUUUUAUUUUAUAUUGUUUUGUGUCCAUUUACAUUUCCAGUGAUGGAAGUGUUAUUUUUACUGUACUUUUUGGUACCUUUUUGAAUCUAAUGUAUUGUAUGGUUGUAUUUUUACAUGUCUACUGGAUUUGCAGAUGAGCAGGAGCAAGAGCUUUUAAAGCUCACAAAUAAAACAAAAUUGUUUUUCUUUCUUUUUUUUUCUUUUGGUGUUUCUAGAUCUUUAGUUAUUUCUUCCCAUGCUGAAUGUUGGAUGCAAGUUGCAUGGCUUCAGAUGUGGGAUGAGGCAAAAAUAAGGGAUUUAAACUAAUCAAAGGGUUCAUUGUAAGAGUGUCAAGUGAAUGUUUUCAGAUGGUCUAGUAGACGAAGACAACCAGCAUCUUUUUUUUUUUUUUUUUUUUUCGGCUUUUAUGGAGAUUCUUCCCCCAUCAUGUCUGCAAUUUUAAGUGGCUUUACUAGUGUUAUUCAACUGAACGCAAGCCUGUUAAUGUAAGAGGGUACUCCCUCUCUCACUGGAUACUCAUUCCUCUAGUGUCUUGGGCAAAUUGGUAGAAAUAAACUUUUGGUUUAUAUUA